GGAUGCUUAAACCGAACGACAUGUUUGCCGUGACUUUUGAGCCUCGGCAACGACGUCAGACCAACGAGGACGAGCAGCAUUUUCGAGAACACAACUCGAGUGACGUUCUCACGCCUUCCUCCCGCGCCUUGUAGACAAUCAUUUCUGGGGUGACUCUAGUAGCGUAAUCACACAACCGGGUCAUUCGCAAUGGCGACCCUCUCUGGCGCAGAGCGCAUCCGCGCAAUCACAGAUGAGGACGGCAUGUUCAAGGCCUUUGACACGUACCCCUGGAAAAGAGACAAGAUGUUCACAUCCGGCCUCUACGCGAUCCUCGGCGACCCCAACACGGAAAACCCGCAAGGCACGCCGACCGACCUCGCGAUCCACGCCCGGAUAUUCUACUACGCUCAGCGCAUCGGCGUGACCAUUGACUUUGCAAAGUACAAGGACUGGCUCGCGAAGCACCCGGACCACACACCCCCCGACGUCCUGCCCGAAGAAUACAAGACCAGCAGCACAGCCAGCACACAAGGAGCAGCAGCCUCCUCCUCUACAGCUCCCGUAGCCAGCGAAGCAGCAGAAUCAUCAACAGACGACGUCCCAACACUAACAUCGAAGCUCGACAACCUCAACACCAACGAGAUCACCCCCGCAGUCCCAGCAUCAACAGACUCAUCCAAAAACCCCGCAGACGAAGCAACACCCUCAUGGCAAGCAGCAGCCCCCAAAGCAGACCUCUACGUCGAACGCAAAGCACAGCCGCAGGAGGGCGCACCAGGCCAAGGAGGCGACGAACCAGCGUACCCGAUGGGUUUCGCGCAGAUGCUGGAGAUGAUUCAAAAGGGGAUUCCCAUCCCCGGCAUCAGACAGAUCCCAGACACCGUUGUUAGAGACGCAUCUGUAAAACCAUUCGGAAAACGUGCGGUACCCAAGAAGCCGUGGGAAAAAGACAUCGUGACUGCAGAGGCGGUGGAGAAGCCAUCUGUAGUCGACUCCGAAUUCCCACCGUUAGAUGACGAUGUAUUACCUGCAGCAGAGGCCGAGUCUGUAAGCAAAGAAGCGUAAAACGAUGCAUGUUGAGAAUCAUGUAGGAUUCAGGAGGCAAUACGAAUGGCGUUCGGGAGAGGGGCAUAGGGCUAUGAUGCUUGUGGAUUGCCACAGAGUUAACAAUGUCAAGCAAAACAUUACAAGUCCGACACGGGAAGAUCCCACCUACGAGUUCGCAUGAAAUAAUCGAGGGGAUCAAGCUACUUGUAGAAGAAUCAUUUCUAGGGAGCUACCUAAUGCUCAGUUGAGGACUGCCACAGAUGCUGUCCAAGCUGGACCAAGGCCGCAC